AAAACCUGAAGAGUUCUCACAUCGAACUUUCUUCGGAUGUGUUCUCCCACUUUACUAACUAUACAUCUCUGACUUCGUAUUCGAUGAACACGGGCAGCGAUGUUAAAAUGAGCUUCGCGUCAGUGAGCGGUGACUUCUCUUUCGAAAAGGAGUACGUUCGAAAGGCUGAGAAUGUAAACCGUGGCUUGCUAGUGCGCUCGCAGCUGCGUCAUCGAAUCUACGCCGUGCACCAACUGCCGGAUUCAACUCUGCACCCACGCUUUCGCAACCGCCUGCUAGACAUCGCGGCCCACCUGGCGGCCAGUAAUACGACGACGGACCUACUGAACACGUCUGCCGUCGCGCGUGAGGUGCUUAUGCAGGACGGCGACUACGCCGGCAAACAUUACGGUGCGCUGGUUGACCACAUACGCGCAGCCUACCUGGCCGAUCUCAUUGUCCGGGACUACGGCACACACAGCGUGACGAGCGUAGACGCAGGUGCUGUAAUAGCGAAGAUCGAUAGCCUGUCAAGCUCUUCCCGUACGCUAAGUGAGAGCGAUAAGCUGAAGUUGAAGGCCUCAGCAUCCUCUUCUUUCAUGGAAUUCUUCAAAUUCAAGACCGGGGCAUCGACUUCCAACAGUGAGACGUCGGUAGGUUUGGACUUGCAGGCACAAUCGAAAUGCAUAUAUAAACAUUUGACUUGGAACGAAGCGUUCCUUGGAAACAUAUUCGAAAUUUGCACUGACACGGACUUAUUUAAUGUCCAGCGUUUUAACCACCGUAUUUUGGGUGGCUUCACAGGACUGGUUGCUUCAUCGGCAAGAAUGAUUAUAGAGGCGGCAAAAAGCCCGCCGACUUACAAUACAAACCACUAUCAAAUGUUCGGUAGCCUGACUUUAAUUUGUUUCGUCAAAUUCCACCAAUAG